GCGCCGUUGUUCCGUACGCGCGUCACCAGCGCACAGAGGAGCUUCCCGACGCGAGGGGAGGAUGGAGAGCUGUGUGGAUCACGACCAUUGGAGGCUGUGAAUCUUACAUUACACCACGCUAAUUAACGUUCUUCUACUUUUACAGGAUAUGUUUCCACCUUUUGUAUGAGCAGUAAGUUGGCUGCUCUGGAUUCAGAGAUCCAGCACCGCCUUUCGCGUCUUUCUCCCAGCUGAAAGGCUUCCUGGGCUUCGUGGACUGUACACCCUCGGCUCGGUUCAUCACGGUUAUGCUUUAGUAUACUCGGACGAAGCUGUGUGGGGGUAUUUUUUUAAUAUCCAGGACAUGUUGGCAUGGCCACCUCGGGAUCACGUAAGUGUCCGAAGAAUGAGAAGUUGGACGAGGCGCAGGCUCUGGCCAAAAGCUGCGCGGGGAGACCAGACUUCCUGCCUUGUGAUGGACUCUCCAUCUGCGCGACGCACAGCCACGGGAAGUGCUUCAAGCUGCACUGGUGCUGCCACUUAGGCUGGUGUCACUGCAAGUAUGUGUACCAGCCCAUGACCAAUGUGUGCCACCUGCCCAGCACAACCGUGCCGUCUGUUGAUACAGAGUACAGUAACACCAUGGACCUGUCUGUCUCUCUGGCUGAGCGCUUCCUGAAGCUGGCCCCCUGCUUCCAGUCUCCCCCUCACCUGGAGUCGCCCAAAUACUGCGUCAUAGCUGAUCUGUUUGUGGACGACUACAUCGUCAAACGUAUCAACGGGAAGAUGUGCUACGUGCAGCGCCCUCCGCCUCCUAUACCAGAACCACCUAACGCUCCAACCCCUCCCCCACCUGCUCCACCUACACCUCAGAGGCCCCAGAAACCCACUACUCAGCCUCGGCAACCAGUAAAGCCGGCACCGCCAACCCAUCACACACCUGCACCCGCACAGUCGGUCCAGCAGGCGUACAGUGAACACAAACACCCAUCUCCUGUGGAUAAGAUCAAAGGCCCCAAAAUGGACCACUGCUCCUCUCCGUCCAGCUCUGAGGACUCUGGUAUCAACGCACUGGGUCUGCACUAUCUGGAGUCCUGUGAGGAGGAGAGCGAGGAGGAAGAGGAUGAGGAGCUGAGCACGGAUGGGAACUCCAGCCCGGGCAGUCUCUGGGAUCAGGACGACUGCUCUCUGCUCUCCCCGUCCAAGUCUAUGAUAGAGAUCAUCGAAAAGAUAGAAACAACUGUGUAACUUACAACAACCUCGAAACAGACAUCGCUGGGAAGGAGCCCGAUCAAAUGGAGCAGCAUGAUUUUACUGAGGAUGGUUCCUGCAGGUGGUUGAGGAUUGUACGUCUGCACUCCCACACAGCCUCUCCUCUGUCCACGAACCCUGCAUGGAGUGAAUUUCUAGAACUUUUCAGAGGAGAAAGAGGAAGCACAGGAAUAAAAAGCACAUGCACAGUGGACCAAAAAGACCUCUUGUACAUGGUAAUUACAUGGUGACAAAUCUAAGAUACAAAAGGAGUCUAUUAUAGGUGCACUUACAUCAGAGGGAAGUAAGAAAAAGUUACUUCUUUUUUAAGCAUACAUUACCAGAGCUAAAUUAUGUAGAAACAGAGGGUAUAAGUGGGUUUGGUGAUGAUAAUAAGCAGUUAGAGGAUUCCUAGUGUUCUCCAGUCAUCAAUCUGGCAUUCAGGCUUUAUUCUAAUUCAACAUUUAAGUGGCAGAUAAAGCUUGCCAUUUCUGGGUCUCUGGCCGGUGGCUCCACCCACACCUAUUAGUAAUUCUGACACUUCAGCGUAAUAAGUACAAGGCCAGCUACCUCUCAUGGGCCUAAAGCACAUCAGCCUUUUCACCCGAUAAUUACUCAGCUUAAAGCAGCAGGGACACAGCUGCUUUUAUCAUGUUAUUAUAAAAAUUCCAGGGCCCACAGUUAGUCUGCACUUUACUGACACUAACACACGCAGUAGAUAGAUAGGGCAGUGUUUGACAAUCAAGGAUUACACAAAAGCACAUUCCUGUACUGUACCUGCCAGUGAGCAUCAAGGAUGCUCUUAUACAGCCUCUUAAACCAUUUAUCAGACAUUUUUCCAACCAACUUUUGUGGUCACGCUGUACUGAAACCCAGUGCUGCUCGAGGCUAAAUGAGGCGUUAAGCGAAACAUGACUCGUUUUGACCUCUAUUUGCAGAAAUUAAAUUGCACUGAUGUGUCUCUGGCAGAGCUACAGUGACAAAAAGUAGGAGUCACGUUGUCACGGCAGAAUCUUGUAGGACACUUAGUGAAGGGGGAAUAUUCCUUAUAUAUACAUAGAUAUAAACUUAAAUAAUAAUAGAACUGCAUUGUUAUUUCUUUUUCAGGCUUGACAGUGAAAUGUCUUGUGUUUCCAGCUGACAGGGGAGUCUGGGAAAGGUGUGCAGGCUAGGAUGGAUUAGUAUGUCACAGUUAUUUUGUGCAAUAGGGCAGAGAAGUGUCACUUAAUGCACCUUUAAAAAGGAGAUGACAGUAGGAUACUGAAUAGGUGUUGUGAUGUUGUGUUGGACAUGAUGUUAGCAGAAAUGCACUCAAAUAUCAAAUAUGAGAGACAGCCCCUUAUUAGCCAGUUAGUAAAAUGAAGAUGGGCUGGGUAUUUUAUUUUGUAUCUUUUAAAUGUUGGGAGUUAUUUCCUGGGAUGUUAUCUGCAAAACUCACUAAAAAUGUUCACAAUUAUUGCUGCAAAGCUACACAAGGUGUAAAAAUAAAAAAAGGAAUUUUGCAUGACUGCAUUCAUUUGCAGAAGGCCCUCAUGUCCAAGACCGAUUUGACAAAUUCAGCUGUUCAAAGAGAGGACAAAUUGUGCAUCUGUUCAUCAAAUAAAAUGACUUCAUUCAGGGACAGGCCUCAACAUUACACUGAACACAGUCCCUCCCUAAUGCAGUUAAAAAAAUGUCUGGCUCAUUAUUGUUAUAUUAUUUUCAUAUGAAUAAACCUCAAUGAAAAAUA